AUGAUCCCAUCUUUACCUUCAAUGGGGAAUCCUAAAAGAAAACCGAGUCUUCUAAGUCUGCUUUCUCUUCUGAAAGGAAGAUUGAAGUUCCCAAAGCAGAGUUUAGGCUCACUUCACCUAAAUGACUUCAAGCUAGCAACUCAGAAACUGAAAGUGAAGCUCCUGCUCACCUACCUCUUCGAACCGUGGAUGAAUUGGCAUCUUUUCCCUUCCCACGCCUUUCCUUCCCAACGGUCUCAGUCCAUGGUCAGGGUUAAUGAACCAGUCUCGUAUACCCCUAACGGUUCUUGGGCAUCCAUGCUUGAUAGUUCUGCCAGCAAGGGUAGGGCUUACGUUUUCUCGCUUGGGGAGCUCUUCCUUGUCUCAGAGGCCCAUACGCUCUCCAUAGGACAUAGAAUCGGGGCAUUAGGAUCGCUGCCUUCUACUUCUAUCUGUAUAGGCCGGAUUUCGCUCAAAAGCUUUUGUACGCUUCCCCAGUCCAGAAGAUCAAUUCUCUACCAGGAACAUUGCUUUCAAUGCUUCUACUGCUUCUACCAUUGGCCCGGAAGACCACUUCUUUCUAUCAAUGGCCACAGGACCUUAAUGCCCAUCCACAGUCCGACCAAUAGUCCAUAUUUCGAUCUCUGCCCCUCUGCCUCAAGGCAAACCGAUUCUUUCUCUUCUGAAGCUAGCCUUUCACUCUCUGGUUCAAAGCACGCUAAGCCCACCCCAGUAGCUUAUCAAUAUGGGGAUUUUUCCCCCUGCCGUCAGCGGAUACGGGACGAGAGAGACUUUUAUAAGGUAAGGAAGGAUGGGGUUUACCCUGAAAGCGAGCACAGUUCUCUUCGUGUGAUUAGCAAAAGGAAACUCACCAGCUUCGCUACUCCUUUAGAGGAUUUCUAUAUAACAAGCAGCAUCUAUACACCCCUUAGUAGACUAGGUGACGAAGGCUUCUUAUUCCACACCAACGGCGCAUCGGUCUGUGAACCCCUUCUUUUAGGUGGUUAUCUGUGUGGAGGUAGUGAUGGUACUGAUUACUUGGUCUCUGCUUGGGGUCUGGAACAACCCUGUGCAGGGAGUGGGGUGGUUUUCUUUAAUGACCCUUCACAUAAGACUUUAAACGUCUCUGAGCGUUCUUCUGGGUUCUACCGUCUCUGCCAGGGAAGUUUGGUUGUAGAAUGA